GACUAUAUCAUUCGGCUCAACACCCUCUUCGACUCGCUCGACUCGGCCAACCCGACCUCGCCGCUCCUCUCGCCCACCGACUCGACCUCGACCUCGUCCUCCUCACGCACCGCGCCCUUGCAUCUCCUCCCCGCGCUCCUCUCGGCCUUCGAGUCCAAGCGCGGCGUCCACAUCCUCGAUGCCGACCUGCGCGCGUCGCUCCUCGCCCAGAUCGCCGCCCUCCCGCAGGGCAUGGAGCACCAGCCCGUCGGCGUCGAGCAGGUCCUCCAGCUCCUCGUCGGCCUCGGCGCCACGACCGAGCCCGCCGCUGCCCCGGUGGCGGCGGCCCUGACGCCCACUGUGGCGAGGGGCGCAGGCCCGGGCCCGGGCGCGACGGACGAGGGCUCGCCCCGCCCGAGGAACCGCCGCACGCCCUCGUCGUCGUCGACCGCCUCGUCCUCGUCCAACCUCGGCUUCCCACCCCUGACCUCCCCCUCGUCCACCUCGGCACUCUCCCUCUUCCCCGCGCCAUCCCCUGCGCCGGCCUCAGCCGCAGCGCGCCGCCGCUCGUCCCUCCUCGCGUCGCUCUCGCGCUCGCCGCACGGCGGCAGCAGCGGCGGUGCGGGCCGGUCCCUCCGCCGCCGCGCCACGUUCGAGGACCUCGCCGCGCUCGUGCACGCCCAGGGCGGGACGUACCUCGGGGCGGGAGUGAGCGCCGAGGGCCCGCUCGGGGACGGGUGGAGCGCCGAGGAGCUGGCGGCGAGGGUGAGGAGGACCAUGGGCGGCAAAGGACCGGCCCGCGACAAGGACCUCGUCAACCUCGUGGCGCCGCUCACGCCGCCGCAGCUCAAGGCGCUCGACAAGGCGUACGCGGCGGGCUCGGCGCAAGGGCUCGGCCAGGGCAGGUCGCUCCUCGACGUCGUCACGGGCGACAAGGCGUUCAAGGGCAACGUCGAGUUUGCGCUGCGAGGGCUCCUCAUGGGUCCGCUCGCAUGGGACGUCUGGCUUCUGCAGAAGGCCCUCGACUCGACGACGACCAACGAGACCCUCCUCAUCGACCUCCUCAUCGGCCGCGAGCCGGCCUCGCUCGCCCUCCUCCGCGCCGCCUACACGCACCGCUCCUCGUCCCGCGCCCUCUCGUACACGUCGUCCGCCACCUCCUCGUCCACCUCGUCGACGACCCCGACCGCCUCGCCGAGCCCGGCGCCGACCCAGCCGACCCGCUCGCUCGACGUCGCCGUCCUGAGCGCGUUUUCGAGCAACGUGCGCCUGCGCAAGGCGUGGGAGGUGGCGCUCCAGGGGCGGUGGGAGGACGAGAUCGUCGACGACGAGGCGGUCGAGGGGGACGAGGCGCGCGCGGUGGAGAGGAGGGACAAGCUGUUGCGCGAGGACGUCGACCAGCUCAAGGUGGCGCUGCGGCGAGGGGGCAACACCGAGAUCGUCGCCAAGGUCCUCCUCGCCCGCUCGCCGACCCACCUGCACGCGCUCGUCGCCGAGUACCGCAAGUCGACCGGCGGCCACUCGUCGCUCACCAAGGCCAUCAAGCAGUGCGUCCCGCUCGGGCCCCUCCAGCGCGUGUUCCUCCACGCCGUCGAGGGCGCCAAGAACGUGUCGGGCGAGUUCGGGCACGGCGUGUGGCGCGAUGCCAAGGCGGUCGAGCGGGCGGUCGGCGUCGAGAAGGGCGGCAGGCGCGACGAGCUUCUCUGGCGCCUCAUUCGCCUCCACUGGGACCGCCCUCGGUUCCUCGCCGUCCAGCUCGCCUACAAGCACAAGUACCGCCGCCCGCUCUCGGACCGCCUCCAAGCCGCGCUCCCCGCCGGCGCCCUCGCCGACCUCGCCACCGCGCUCGUCGCGUCGGCGAGCGCGCCCGUGCCACAGCCGUCAGUCGAGGACGUGCGGCGCGCCGAGGAGCUCGAGGCGCAGCGCCGGCGGGCCCGCACGGCGAGCGAGAGCAGCCUCGCGUCCAUGGUCGAGGGCGAGGAGGGCGACGCCGUCGCGGCCCUCUCGGCGGGCAGCGAGGCCGAGUCGGGCUCGGACGCCGGCGCGAGCCUCGCCGGGCACGGGCACGGGCGCGGCGUGAGCCAGUCGAGCUCUUCGGAGCCCGAGGCGGGCGAGCUCGAGGCCGACGGCGAGCUGUCGGACCCGCCGUCGCCGAGGUCGCCGCCGUUCCUCGGCGCAGGCGCAGCCGACGAGGUCGCGCUCCCGCUCGACGGGGGCGACGCCGCAGUGCGCGCUGCGUCGCCGCACAUCGAGCGCGUCCUGAGCCCCGAGACGCCGACCCUGCCGUCGUCGGUCUCGAGUCGGGACCUCGCGCGCUCGACUUCGUCGAUGAGCAACCGCUCAGACGUGAGCGUCGGCCACCGCCCGUCCUCGUCGCUGUCGCGCACGCGCCCGUCCGACCUCGGCGGCGGCGGCGUCGGCGGCGGCGGCGGCGGCGGGCACCGGCCGCCAUCGUCGGCAGCCGGCAGCGCCGACAGCAGCAAGCUCUCGUCGUCGCUGCGGCACGCUCGCCCCGUCGCGCCUGGGCGCGCCAAGCGCCGUAGCGAGGAGGCGGCUCGGCGCGCGACGAGCGAGGACCCAAUGAGCCCGACCUUGUCGGCGUCGACAGGCAUGCGCAGCCCGACGCCGUCCGGCCUGGACUCGCGCCGAGCGAGCCUGUCGCACUCGACGUCGUCGAGGUCGGACCUGUCGUUCGCGAGCUCGACCGACUCGGGGCGCGCCCUGUCGCGCUCGGCGUCAAGUGCGCCGAGCGAGGCGACGACGACGUUCGGCUCGCCGCAGAUGCAGGGCAGCAUCGACACGUCGUCCUUCUUCUCGACGCCGCUCUCGCCCAUCCGCGACGAGGGCUCGCGCCCGUCGUCGUCCUUCUUCCCCAACCCGAACGAGACGCCGCCGCCCGCUUCGACCGUUCCGGCGUUCGACCUGUCCGGCACGAGCAGCACCGACCUGUUCGGCACGGCGGGCGGCACGCCCGACUCGCCCGAGCGCUUCUUCUCGUCGGCGGCGAUGCGCCGGGACCCGUCGAGCCAGUCGAGCGGCGCCGGCAGUCGCCCGUCGAGCCUGUUUGGCGAGGGCGGCCUCGAUGCCCUGUUCGCGUCGGGCAGCCCGGUCCAGUCGAGGGACGGCAGCAGCGGUGGCGAGCAGUUCCAGCAGCUCGUGCGGCAUGCCCAAGACCUCGCGCGCAAGCUUCGCGAGACCGAGGCGCGCUUCCAGGCGAGCGCGAGCGCGUACGAGGAGGAGGCCCGCGCCGAGCUCCAGAUCAAGCGCCGCGAGGAGAAGGAGCUGCGCAGCGUCGACAAGGAGCACCUGCAGCAGAUCAGCUCGCUCGAGAGCGACAUCUCGAAGCUCACCAAGAGCCUCGAGCGCAGCCGCGAGGCGUACGACGGCAUGAAGCGCAACUACACGGCGACGUGCGAGGAGGCCGAGCGCCUGCGGACGCUCGUGGCCGAGACGCGCAGGGAGAACCGCGCCGCCGAGGAGGCGAUGCAGAGCCACGCGCUCCAGGUCCAGCAGUUCGAGCACGACCGCGAGCUGCUCCAGCAGGCCAUUGCCCGCCUCGAGGCCGACCUCGCCGACGCGCGCCGGGCGCAGGACUCGCUCGACGACCAGAAGCAGGAGAACCUGUUGCUCAAGGAGACGAUCGACAAGCUGCGCUUCGAGAUCGAGGAGAUGCGGUCGGUCGGGCGCAAGUCGGGUUUCCUCGACGGCGGUUCGGCGGGCCCGGGCGGCGCCUUUGCCUCGCCGCGCAAGACGCUCGACGAUUCGAUCAACAAGAGCCUCGGGCGCGAGAUCGCGAGCCAGAUGGCGGCGCAGCAGGAGAACGAGUCGAGCGAGGACGAGGAGGAGGACACGGCGGGCGAGGACGACGUGGACGACAUCAUCGUCACGACUCACCGUCGCAUCAAGAAGCGCGGCAAGAAGAGCAGCACUGCGACCGAGCCGACCGUCACCCACGUCGAGACGUCCGUCAACGUCUGCGACGCCGACAUCCAGACCGACCCGGUCCCCGUGCGCGAGAUGGUCAUCCAGACCGACGUGUCGGCCGUCGGCGACGAGCUCGUCAAGGCGUCCGAGGUCAAGCCCGAGGUCAUCACGCUCGAGGCGCCGCCGCCGCCGCCUCGCACGUCGCGCCAGAUGCAGGAGGACCUCGCCUCGAGCCUCGGCGUCCAGGUCGACCUCGUCCAGCAGUUCGUCGAGGCGCAGAAGAACCCGGUCAAGGCGUCGACGCGCUCGGUCCUCGAGGGUCGGCCUCCUGCGACGGCAAGUCGCUCGCGGUGGCGGUCCCGGCUCCCGAGCCCACUUCCUCACGCGCCCGCCUACCUCGUCAACGUGUUCCCGCCGUCGGCUCGUCCCGUCGUCGCUCAAGUCCUCGACUCGAGCGUUAGCCUCAUCUGCUACACGGCGUCCAUUUACCUCCUCGGCAUGAUUAGCGGCAGCUACCUUCUCCCGUUCCAGCACCGCCACACGGUCGCGUUCGACGCCGUCCUCGCCUCGUCCGACUAUGCGUGGGAGGGCCUUGCGCUCGGCGCAGCAGGCGACGGCGGCUUUGCGCCCGAGGGCUUCGGGCAGUACCUGUACGAGAUGAUCUUCAGCAGCGUCCGCACUGCGCGCCGCAUCCCCAUCUGA